AGCUCAUCCAGGUAUAUACUGUAUAUACUGUAUAUGCACCUUUAUCGUAAAGGAAAAGAAGGCGGCUCGUCUGUGGGCUGGUACACUGAAACAAACCAUGGGGAUUUUGUCUUAUCUUGCUGCCGGAGCAGCAGUCGGAACAGGAGCCGUAGGCGGAGUUCUUGCGGCCCCUCAGGUUCUGGGAGCCGUAGGUUUCACCUCGGCUGGGAUCGCCGCAGGCUCCUCGGCUGCAGGUAUGAUGUCCACCGCGGCCGUGGCCAACGGGGGGGCGGUGGCUGCCGGGAGCACCGAGCCUGUUCUGCAGGCUGCAGGUGCGGCUGGUCUGGGAACAGCUGCCACAGCGGUGGCAGCCGGCACUGGUGGAACAAUCGUAGGAGCUCUGACCGGACUGGCUGCAAUCAUCAUUUAGACAAGUUUUAAACAAGCUUUGCCAAUUAGGAAAUCAUUAAAAAAAAAAUGAUCACACCAGUUAAUUUCUUCUACAUCACCUUUGUCAUCUCAGAAAACUGAAAUGUUCAAUAAAUCAGUUUAACCUGAUGAA